AUAUGAAAUCAUGAAUGAGAACAGUAUGUUGGCACCUGCCGGGGGCAGGAGUCUCUUGGCCGAUUCUUCUGUUUUUGACUCCAAAAUCACAGAGACGUCAAAAGAAAAUAUUUUUUCUAUUCCAACAGAUGUUGAUGAAGACAUGCCCCAAAUAGAAACAAGAGUGAUUCUGGUACAAGAUGCUGGAAAAAAUGAAGCAUUAUUAAAAGCUCUUGAGGAAAUCAAACUCCAGCAUGUCAUAACUGAAGCAGUGGAAGAGUAUGUGGAAGCUGAUGCCCCAGAGUUCGAGAAUGUGUUUGUC